UGGAGACAUUCAUGGGCAGUUUUUUGACUUAAUGAAGCUCUUUGAGGUGGGAGGUUCUCCAGCCAGCACACGAUACCUUUUCCUGGGUGAUUAUGUGGACAGAGGAUAUUUCAGUAUUGAAUGUGUACUGUACCUAUGGGCCUUAAAAAUCCUUUAUCCCAAGACACUGUUUUUGCUGCGUGGGAACCACGAAUGUAGACAUUUAACAGAGUAUUUCACUUUUAAACAGGAAUGUAGAAUUAAAUAUUCAGAGCGGGUGUAUGAUGCGUGUAUGGAUGCCUUUGACUGUCUUCCCCUGGCAGCACUGAUGAACCAGCAGUUCUUGUGUGUGCACGGUGGAUUGUCCCCUGAAAUCACAAACCUUGAUGACAUCAGGAAAUUAGAUAGAUUCAAAGAGCCUCCCGCAUAUGGACCAAUGUGUGACUUGCUUUGGUCGGACCCACUGGAGGACUUUGGCAACGAGAAAACCCAGGAACAUUUCACACACAACACAGUGAGAGGCUGCUCCUAUUUCUACAGUUAUCCUGCUGUUUGUGACUUUCUACAACACAACAACUUAUUAUCUGUUAUACGAGCCCAUGAAGCACAGGAUGCUGGGUAUCGCAUGUACAGAAAGAGUCAAACUACAGGCUUCCCCUCUCUCAUCACUAUCUUUUCAGCUCCCAACUACUUAGAUGUCUACAACAACAAAGCUGCUGUCCUCAAAUAUGAGAAUAAUGUCAUGAACAUUCGGCAGUUUAACUGUUCUCCUCAUCCUUACUGGCUGCCUAACUUCAUGGAUGUCUUCACUUGGUCCUUGCCUUUUGUUGGUGAGAAAGUGACUGAGAUGUUAGUGAAUGUAUUGAGCAUCUGCUCCAAUGAUGAGCUGACCACUGAUGAAGAAAUAGAUGGAGGGGUGCCACGGCCUCUGCAAUGCAAGGAGGUAAUCAGGAACAAGAUCCGUGCCAUUGGAAAGAUGGCUCGGGUUUUCUCAGUUCUUCGAGAGGAGAGUGAGAGCGUUUUGACGUUGAAGGGUCUCACUCCAACUGGCAUGCUACCCAGUGGCGUUCUGUCUGGAGGCAAAGAGAAACUCCAGAAUGCUACUAUUGAGGCUAUAGAGGCAGAUAAAGCAAUUAAAGGCUUCUCACCUCAGCACAAGAUCAGCAGCUUUGAGGAGGCUAAAGGGCUGGACCGCAUCAAUGAACGAAUGCCACCCCGCCGUGACGUCAUGCCCUGUGAUGCCAGCCUCAACUCCCUAAAUAAGGCUCUGUCAUCAGAGACCAACGGUACCGAGGGCAAGACCUGCAGUGGCAGCAGUAAUAUCCAGUGAUCCUGCACCGUUCCUGCAUGGCCGCCACAACGAUUAAGCCCCUCCCUAUCUUUUUCCAUGCCAUAGUUGAUGGAGGGAAAGGAAAGAUUGGAGUGUAGGUUUAGAGAAAAGGAAAAAGAGACGAAGGACACGAGAAAUAAAGUAGAGAAGAGGUGAGGGGGAGAGCAGCAUUUCAAACAUAAUUCAGAGUGACACUCGCUAGUCUUUGAUAUACCUUUUUUCUUUUUUUUUUUUUUUUGCUUAAAAACAUGAAAAGCUGUCAUCUGUUCGAAAUUAAAUUGGGAGGGGGGGCCAUCUUGAUUUCGGCACAGGGAAUUAGAGCAGACAAGAGAUCUUAUGUGAAAAGACCUUUACUUACUGGAUAAAGGAUUUUUUUCUCUUUUUGUGUGUAAUUUCUUGCUAACUAUUGUACGCUUUACAAAAUACAGCACUAAAAAUGGACAGAACUUAAAAA